UAGUUUCACCUAAAAUCCUCACAGUUCUCGUCAGUGCACAAAGAAAGUUCGAAGACAGGCCCAAAGUUUGAGAAAAAUUCUCGACUCAACGGCCAAUAGCCACAAUGGAGUUUCUUAUCGGUGGACUAGCAGCUACGAGUGCGGGUUUUUUCACAAAUCCUUUGGAAGUUGUCAAACAUCACAUGGAAAUCAGCAAAAAAAGUCAAUUUACAAAAAAAUAUACGAACUUUUUGCACGCUGGGUACCAUGUAGCUAGACAAGAUGGUUUGAAGAGUCUUCAGAAGGGACUGUCGCCUGCCCUUGGGGCAUAUCUUGUCAGUUACGGAAUGAAAUUAGGCACGUAUCAGUUUGGACAGAACAGGGGAUUUACUACUAACGAAGAUGGAAAAGUUAAUGUACCCAAAAGUAUUCUCACAAGCAGCGUCGGUGGCCUUCUAGGCCAGUAUUUAUCUAACCCAUUUUAUCUGGUGAAAACCAAACAUGAAAUUGACCAAGCCCAAUCUGCUGACAAUAGCAAUAACAACAAUGAAAAAAAGUCGUCGGGUUACAUGGAUACCAUAAAGAGAAUCUACAGAGAACAUGGAAUAAGAGGAUUCUUCAGAGGAGCUACAGCUUCUUUGCCAAGAGCCUUCAUAGGAACCUCCCAGUUAACUUCCUUUGCAGUUGCCAAAGAAAGUUUAAACAAAUUCGAAACGUUCCAACAACAUCCAUUGUUCACCACCGUGCUGGCUGGUACAGCUGCUGGGGUCGUCCUCAGUAUGGCAAUGACCCCCUUCGAUAUGGUCUUAACAAAUAUGUACAAACAAGCAAUUGGCGCUAAACCAAAUGGACCAAUGUACAGGGGCUAUUUUGACUGCAUGAAGGGUAUUUAUAUGAAAAAUGGCCUAAGACCUUUCUAUAAAGGAAUGGGACCUCUUUAUCUGAAGCUUGGUCCACACACAAUGUUGUGCUUGUUAUUUUGGGAACAAUUCAAAGGGAUUUAUGAAAAUUACAGUGUCGAGGUAGAGAACAAACCACGUAGACCUGUGCCUAUGAAUAUUUUUUACGAAAAAGUUGGAUUUCUAAGUAUGGAGACUAGAAGUGAUAGUAACUACUUCAAUGAAACUAUGGACGAAGAUCAUAAGUUAAAUGUUUAUUGGAAUUAGAGAGAACAUUUUUUUAUUAUUGAAUAGUUUUUUAAAACAGUUAAGUUAUUAUAUUCUUACUUGUA